AUGGUCAAACCAAGUAACAGGACCCUCAAAUACUUUCGACCCAUAGUGGUGAGGCGUAGUAGUAUGCUGCGAAACGGGUAUGAAAAUGGAGCUCAUUCCAGUGAUAAGUUCGCUGAAGGAUACGAGAACGACGAUAGCAAGCCGACAUAUGCAUUAGAUCAUUUGGUCACCUUUAAAUUGAAAAAUGAGGCUGAGGUGAAGCAGCCAAAGGAGAAAAUGAAAUUGUUAAUUGAGCUGGAUAAGACAGGGGGCAUUUGGCCCCAUAAGAUGUUUAUGUGCUUCAAUGGCCAGUGGUUGCUGAUGCUUAAUAAAGACAUGAAAGAGAUCGAAAACUUUCCGGGCAGCCUAAUAACGGAGCCAACCGCUUUUAUAAGUGACGAUCCACUGGAGACAUACAAUAAUAUUUUAAUAUUCUCAGUUCCGGGAAUCUCGCUGGGCAAUACUGAAAUGCACAUAUUUCAAGUUACUGACGUGAGUGCGGUGCACUUGGUGGAAGAUCUGCGCAAGCUAAGCAGCGGCUCCCCCGUCACCGUGGACCGCAACAAGACACCCAUACGCUUGCCCAAGCCCGAACGUCCCGGCAACCAACAGGCGAAGGAUCAGUACGGCAUCGCAGCAGCCGUAGCUGGAAUUGCCGCUGAGAAGAAUGCCCAGGAUCGCGAGCAAACCGAUCGAGAUGUCCAAGUAAUCAAUCACUGCUUCGAAGACGUGGAGCGUUUCAUUGCGAGAUUGCACUACGCAGCUGAAGCACUGCAUGAGUUGGAGUCUCGGAAGAAUCAGCAUAACCCCCAUGGGGAAGGCCUGCUGGUCUUACGAUCACGUCCGCCUAUCGAGACCGAGUUCUAUGAUAUUCUAGCCAAAAUCAAGUUGGCACUUAAUUUUGCAGUCAAACUGCAGAACCAUUUUAGCAAAGCCGCUGAUCCAAUUCACAAUGUUUUCAUAUCCCUGCAAACGAUUGUGAAUGUCUGCAAUGAUGUAUACGCUGGAACCCAUCUACCGGAGAGCGUUGUUAAUCCUCUGCUACGUCGAGAAACGAUUGGUUAUCUGAAUGCCACUCUGGACUCCAAUGAGAAAAGUCUCUGGCUUAGUCUGGGCCCGAAUUGGACAGUCCCGAAAGAUCAAUUCAAGGAUCACGUAGGGAAAUACCAUCCCAUUUUCUAUGACGACUGGUCACCAGACUGGGUAGUGGAUGAGCCGGUAGCGUAUUUGGCACCUGUGCUCAAGAAAACACCAACGUCCUCGCCAGUGGGCGUUCCCCUAAGUCCAACAAGCAACCGCACUUGGCUCAGUCGCCUUCAGAGCCGCAACGUAAAUAUCGCAGAGGUCGCUUAUAAUAAGACGGCCACCAAUGAUAAGGAACUAAAUGUUGCGAAGGGCGAAUACUUGGAGGUAAUUGACGACUCCAAAAACUGGUGGAAGGCACGGAACUCUUCAGGGAGCAUUGGUUACGUACCACACACCGUCUUAAUCCCUUUCAAUUUUGAUCCCGUACUUAAUAGGAACAUGCGCGACAAUGAAUCACUGGCCUCUGAAACUAUGGAAAACGGAGAUGGCGAAGUAAAGAAUCCAAUUUACCGCAACACGAUGGCAAUGUACGUGCCGAAUGGGGACCGUGAGUCACAGCAACCGGUGGGGAAUGCGAAGAACAUGCCGCGAUCCUACUCCAUGCCCAAUGUGCCGAUCCCUCCACCUAUGCCACCGGCAACUGAUAGUCAAACGCCGACUCCGAGUGGGACCCUCAAACGAAACAUGGCCGCUGCUGGAACCCUUGCAGCAAUGCGUGCUCGCAACGACUGCGAUGCCGAUGAUGAAGCCUACCUUAUGCAGAGCGAUGUUAACGACGAGCUGAAGGUCUUGCUGCAACAGAGACAGCAGCGCAGGGAUCUUGAAAUCCUGAAGACGCCCGAAAUAUUUAUUACUCAGAGGUCCACGCCCAAGGAAGUGGAGGAAUGGUUGCGCGGCAAAGGCUUUUCCGACAAUAUUGUCAAGCGACUGCACACGCUAAGCGGCGAGGAAAUAUUUGCGCUCUCUCCUCACACCAUCGAGAGUUACUUUGGGCAGCGCGAAAGUCGACGACUCAUUUCACAGAUUGUACUACAGAAGAACUUCUGCGAGUACAAAACAAUUCGAUCAUCCGAGUUGUCAGCGAAGCUAGCUCGUGCCAGGCAAAAGGCUGACCAAGCAAACAGCGAUCCUAAUGAGGUCUUCUAGGCAUUCCUUUGUUACUCUAUGUUGACUUUUGCAUUGGAGGUUGAUUUGAACAUUUCGAAUCAAAUGAACUACGAUUAUGAGGUAC